GGCUUACCCUGCUUCACUGAUCUGCUCUCUCUCUGCCUUGGUAUCACUGGCGCGUUAAGCCGCCGACCGCCGGCCUCCGCCACCGCUGUCUGCCCCUUCUCGCCGGUCUCCGCCACUGGCUAUCGAGCCUUGGUCUUUUGGUUUUUGGCCUGCCUGCAAAGUGGAACAUUCAUGUUGCGGUCAUCUUUGGCAUUGAUAGAGAAUGAGAACUCUAAGAGAUUAUGUAUUUUCCUUCAAAGCUCUCAUCAUUCCAUCCUGAACUGGAACAACAUUCCUAAUGGGAAAACUUUGAAGGUGGGAAUACCAUCUAUGAUUUUUCCUAGAAAGAGUUUUCGCGCAAAAAGAGACGGUUGGAAAAUGGGUUUUGCUUUAGACACUGGUGGAAUUUCCAACGGUGGCCAGGGGAGCCCUGAGAGCGAUGAUACUCAAGGCCUUGACCGAACUCGGUUGGGUAGAAUAGCGAGUGCAGGCGGCAAACAGCUGCUGGAGAAACUGAAGUCGGCUCGAAAGAACUUCCCCAUGAAAAUAUUUCUUCUUUUACUGGGUUUCUACACGGCAAAUGCGUUGGCUACAAUUCUUGGGCAAACAGGCGAUUGGGACGUGUUGGUUGCAGGUGUUGUGGUUGCUGCAAUUGAGGGCAUUGGCGUGCUCAUGUACAGGAAGCCUUUUUCUCUGAGAACCAGGAGGCUGCAGUCUCUGGUGGUGAUGGUCAACUAUUGGAAGGCUGGUGUUUGUUUAGGCCUCUUUGUGGAUGCUUUCAAAUUGGGUAGCUAGCUAGUUUUCACAUCUAUCAUACACUACUUAUAUUGUUACCUAUUCUUGCUGCUGAGGUCUUAUAUUCUAAAUAGAAUAUAAUAUUGCACAAAAAAAAAAGUUUUCUAAAAU